AUGGAUCAUUUCGGCAAAGGUGACUCUAUCACGACGGAUCCACCCUCUCAGGAGAAUGUGGAGAAGUCGGACCUGAGGGCGUCGCCAGUCGACUCUCAGGUAGAUGCGGACACCGCUGCCCCUUCAGCACUGAUGAAGAAGCUUGGCAUAUUGGAUCGGCUUCUCUCUCCUGCCAUCCUCAUCUGCAUGGUCGUCGGCGUGCUCAUCGGGAACUUUGUCCCCGGCGUUCAAGAGGCGUUCGACACAGCACGCUUCCAGUCCGUCUCUGCUCCGAUCGCCACGGGGCUGCUCGUCAUGAUGUGGCCCAUCCUCACCAAAGUCCGGUACGAGUCCCUGCCCGCGCUGCUCCCGACGCGCACCAUGGCGGUCCACAUCGCGCUCUCCCUCGCCCUCAACUGGCUCGUCGCGCCCUUCGUGAUGCUCGCCCUCGCCUGGGCCGCGCUGCCCGACCUCCCGACGUACCGCACCGGCGUGAUCAUGGUCGGCCUCGCGCGGUGCAUCGCGAUGGUCGUCGUCGCCCUCCAGGUCGUCCUCUACGCCCCGCUCUCCCUCCUGUUCGUCAACGUGCUGGGCGGGGGCGGGGGCGUCGAGGAAACUCUGCACGUGUCCUACAAGGACGUCGCGAUCUCGGUCCUCAUCGUGCGUGUCUUCUGCCUCCUCGAUCCGAUCUUGGUCAUCGCUGACGGCGCCCGUGCUGCAGUACCUCGGCAUCCCGCUCUUUGCGGGAUCGUGACGCGCUUCGUUGUGCUUAAGACGACGUCGCGCGCGUUCCUCGAGUCCCGCUUCCUGCCGUGGUUCUCGCCGCUCGCCUUCAUCGGGCUGCUGUACACGAUCGUCGUCAUGUUCGCCUACCAGGGCCACCACAUCGUGCACAACCUCGGACCCGUCUUCCGCGUCUUUGUCCCCCUCGUCCUCUACUUCGCGCUCAUGUGGUCCGCCGCGUUCGCGUUCGUCUGGUGGUGCGGGCGCCGUGCGCGGCGGCGGCAGGUGGCUGGGGCUGCGGGCCCGGCUGGCGGGGGCGUCGAGUGGUCGUACGAGAUGGCGGUCGUCCAGAGCUUCACGGCUGCAAGCAACAACUUCGAACUGGCGAUCGCGGUCACGAUCGCGGUGUACGGGGUUGGCUCGGACCAAGCAUUGGCCGCUACGAUCGGACCGCUCGUCGAGGUUCCCGUGCUGCUCGGGCUCACGUGGGUGGCGUUGUUUUUGAAGCGGAAGCUGAAGUGGUCGGAGAGAAUGCAGGGAAGCGCCGCCUAG